GAUACAAUGUUUCUUUGACAGUGCGGUACCUUCCAGAGGGGAACUACAUGUCUACUCUAGAUGACGAGGAGACAGAGAGAAUUAUUGCCAUCACCAGUACCACUCUCCCGUCAAACAGAACCACGAUAGUUACAGCAGGAGUACAACUGAAGAUCUGGACACUAGAACCACCAAACAGUGAAGGUGAAGGUGGUGAUUUGUUCAGUUCAAAGUUCAUCACACGCCUUGCCGGAGUGGCAGUGGAUUCGGAGGCUGAGUCGGAUACAGAAGUCAGUGACUCGGAACCAGAGGAAGUAGGUGGGCCUCCCGUACGGAGAAUGGGCAGCAAGUUGUCAAAGAAACCGGAACAGAGUAGCGGCUGGAUGUCAUGGUGUACUCUCCUGUAAUAUCAAAUAAAACUCUACAUGUCUUC